AUGCCACUUCUCUCCUGGCUCUCACCUUUCAUCAGUAAGCCUGAUGCCAGGGAUAGCAAGCGUGUUCAAACGACGACCAGCCUAGAUCCGAAGCCCAUUGAGGAUAUGGACUUUGAUACCCUCGCAGACAAGGUGGAAGCUUUACGAGCUCAGCUCGAAUAUGCCAAUGAACUUUGUGCGCAAGCAAACCUUCAAUUUGACAAAUAUCGCAUAGAAUUAUACGAGCUCCGCAGCUCGCUGGAUUUUGAGCGGGCAAGAGGCGACGAAGCGCGGCGCUUGCUGGUGGAGGAGCAAGAAAAGCGCGUAGCCCUUCAGGCACAAGCGAAGAGCCUGCAAACCAGCCUGAGAAACGAGUCUGUCCUUGCUGGUCAACUGCAGGCAAGACUCAAUACUGAGAUGACGUCGUUGAAGGCCAUGACUAAACAUGCACGGAAGCUUGAGGAGAGGUUGGUUGAUAUGCAGUUGGAUCUAGAAUACCUGAGGUGUACCACAAACGCCGAGACAGUCAGGGACCCUUUGGUCACCCUCGCGCAAGAUUCCCCUCUACCAGCGCAGCCAUUUGUUGUCGUGCUAGUGGACGGUGACGCCUACUCUUGGGCUCGCGAUAUCUGCAACCAAGGUAUUGGACAAGGAGGCACUUCAACAACCACUUGUGCCGAUGCUACUGGCCCAGGUGCCAUAGCCGCGACGAGGAUCCGUAACGAAGUCAUCAAGUACAUUCUGAAUCAGAAUGGAACUAUUCCGAUAACAUCCAAGGUUAUCACUCGCGUUUUUAUCAAUUUUGGGGGUGGCGUCAGACAACCCCGGCCUCGAAAGAGCCAUACAGGUGUGGCCGUGGCCGAUUUUGCGGUCCAGUUCACCGAGAAAAUCCCUCUGUUCGAUUUCUUCGAUGCAGGAAGGGGGAAAGAAAGGGCAGAUGACAAAAUCAGAGAAAACUUCCACCUCUAUCUCUCGACGCCGAACUGUCACGCAAUAUUUGUCGCUGCCUGCCUUGACAAUGGAUUUGCCCGGAUGCUUGAACAGUAUAGUGAUCAUCCGGUCGCCCGCCAAAAGAUCGUCUUAGUCUCGCCUGGCUACGUCGCAAACGAGAUACAGAAAUUGGCCCUGAAAGUGGUUGAGUGGCCCAGCGUCUUUGCAGUACGGUCCAUGCCAGCCAGUGCAGUUGUCAAGCACAAGAAAGGAACGCAGAAACUGCAAAGCCAGAAAGCCCGCAUGCAGCGCAGUGUGUCUACACCAUCAAUAUUUUCCGAUGAGACGCGGUCGAGGCUCACGUCGAGAUUGUUGGACUUGGUCCCUGUGUGGAGUCCUAACGUGGGAAUGAGUAAAGCCUCGAAUAGUGUUGGCUUGAGGGUGCAGCAAGUGACAGGGGCUGGUUUCGUUGAGCAUCUCGACCUCGCACAGAUGGCUGGAGGAGGUGGUGGUAACGACCUCGGCGCCGACCCCGUCCCCUUUGCGGCUCGAGCGUUCUGGAUGCGGCGGGCGGUCGCAGCCCUAGCAGACAUCAACGACGGCAGUCCCUGUCCGUUUGCGGCCUUUGGCUCUGUCAUCGUGAACCACACUGCGUCCGAGAAGGGCUCGGGUGGUGCGGGAGCCGGCGAGAUCGACCACCUGGGCGAGGAGGUGUGUAUUGGCGCGAAUUCGCUCGUGAGGGACGGGAACCCGACGUUGCAUGUUGCUAACAAAGCACGCACACCGAAAGGCGAGAUCGCGGCCAUCAACAACUGCAGCCGGAUCCUGACCGACCCGGAUGGCCCGUACAAGCUCUCGGGACCCGACGCCAUCAAAGCACUGGGUGAUUUGAGCCUGUAUACCACGGCGGAGGCAUGUCCCAUGUGCUCGUCCGCAAUCCUCUACGGCGGGUUCCGCGAAUACAUCUUCUCCACGUCGAUCCCGACGCUGCGCUCGCACGGUUGGCCCCAGAUCAUCAUCCGGUCGAGGGAGAUCUUCUCCCGCAGCGUCGGCAGGCUGGCGGCGCACCGCACGCGCAUUAUCGGGGAUGUGCUGGCGAACGAGACAGAGGCGCUGUUCAAGUGGCAGUACAAGGAUGGGCCUUGUCCCGGGGGAUGUGAGAAGGACGGCGUGGGCGGUGGAUGUGUGAAAUCAACGAAUGUGAAUGAUGAUGGCACGGGAAAAGAUGAAUUGUAA